AUGUUCCUUGACUUCUUUGAUCAAAAGAUAAAGUCGAUUGUGGAGAGCUUUAGAAAUGAGGAGCUUGAAAUACCCGUGAGUAUGCCAACGCCUCGGGCUAAGCUACUCUCCUUUAAGCAAAGGUCACCGCAGAGUUGCUCAAAUGUGCUUCAUGAGAGGCUCGUCAGCACGAAGAACUGCUCCACGUCCUUAGCUUUCUUGCACCACUUUCUCCCCACACUAAAUGGCAACCCGGCAGCAGUGAAGCCUUGGCGCUGGAUAACCCGCGCUCCAGUUCGUUUUCCUGUGGACUCCUUGAAGCCCUCAGAAAACCCAGGGUCUCAAUGGGUGAAGCAGACGACGGUCGACUCAUGGCCCCAUCUGGUGCUUCUCUUCAUCGAUAGCAUGUACACCUGCAGCGGCUCCCUCAUCUCCAACGAGUGGGUGCUAACCGCCGCUCACUGCUUAGACGGAGCAAGCUUCGUUGAAAUUUUAAUGGGCGCUUGGACAAAUCAAGCAAGUGAAGUAACCAUGACUUCCCAAGACUUUCUUGUUCACGAGAACUGGAACGGUUUCACUCUUUCAAACGACAUCGCUUUGGUCAAGCUGCCCGAGCCCGUCGACUUCAAUGAAUUCAUCGGUAGUGUGGGUCUGCCAAGCGAAGAUGUGGCAGCAGGCGACAUUAUGCAUAUUCCGACCUGGAGCACUCCUUUUGCAGUUACUGAUGUACAAGCCGAAGCACUUAGCAAUACCGAGUGUAAGGAUAUCUUUGGCAAUUUUGAUGACUCUGUGGUCUGUGUCAAGAAGCUCUCUAGUCAAGAAUACUGUCAGGAUGAUUCUGGGGCUCCCCUGCAGAACGCUGGAAAUACUUACGGUAUUAGCUCCUUCGGGUCUUCGGCGGGAUGCGAGGCAGGCUUACCCACCGCCUUCACUCGCGUCUUUCAUUUCCUUGAUUGGAUAGAAGCGCACACCGGAGUAAUCCCACAAUAAUUCAGUAGCACAAAUACCAGAGAAUAUACUAUAGAACGGUUCUGCGACUUAAUUUGAGUAUUCUAACUCUUUGACACAUAUUUGUUAUACCUUUCCUAAAUCACCGACUACUCGGAAAUUUAUCUACUUAUUCUACAGCAACCUCCAAUCUUCAUACAAAUUAGAAAUUACAAACUUUAUUCGUUUGAUCCUCUAUUUACGUGUACAAUGCCUAUAAAAAACUAUAUGUAUAAUUUUUGGUACUGUUUACAAAUUUGUAUCGAAGCAUAAAGGAUAAAAAACUCUAGUUAAAUAUAUAUGGAUUUUAAAGAUGUUUUUUUUUUUAUGAUUGUAAGGGCAAAUUGAAAUUCUUUAUAUAUCAUCAACAGAAAAACAAUUCCAGAAUAGGGCCAAUCAUCACUGUGGCCCUUGAAAACAGUAGUGAGGAGAAAGCAAAGUGUCUCAAAAUACUGACUGUCAAGACCAUACCCUUUUUGUAUUUCAUUGUUCUUAAACUGCAAAGGUUAUUCUUUGUUAACUUUCCGAACACUGAAAAUAUAUUUGUAUGAUCACAGAAAAAGAGAGAUUAAGAAAA